AUGGCGUCUAUGUUUUUUUCAAUUGUCACUCUUAUUGCAGCCAUUGUCUCGGCUGCGCCUCAAGGUCCCUCUGCGCGUGGCUGGCCUACUAAUGUGAACAGAUGGCCCUCUAUCGCCCAAGUGGAAAUAAGAAAUCCACCUGGAUCCUGGACUCACUCUUGUUCUGCAACUAUUCUUCGUUCCAAUUAUGUUCUGUCUGCUGCUCAAUGCUUUUCUGGGUACCUAUUUAACCCAAGAAACCGUCGGAUCCGCGCUGGUACUGCACACAGUCACUAUGGAGGAAGCCUACAUUACGUGGCUCGGGUAUACAUCCAUCCCUUAUAUAGGCAUCAUGGUAUGGAUGGGGACAUCACUGUCGUGAGAUUGACAGAACCUUUGAUUUAUGGCCCUACUAUUCAACAGGGUCGGUUCAUAACUCAUGGUAUAAAAGUCCCCGAUAAUUUGCCAGUUCGGACUGUUGGUUGGAAUUUCAUUUGGGAUUCACAUUUUUUUUCCACACUCUUGGAAACGGAGGUUAUCACAGUGAAUAACGGCGUCUGCGCAGAAGGUUACUUAGCGUCAAGCAAACCUUUGCCCGUUACUGAAAAUAUGAUAUGUGCUGAUGCAAUUAACAAUAAUAAUAGUUUUUGCCAGGGUGACCCAGGUUCUCCUUUGUACUUCGACGACCCUAUUCAAGGAGAUAUUAUCAUGGGAAUAUUUUCUUUUAAUAAAGGAUGUCCUAUUAAUAAUUUACCUAGUGUGUAUACUGCUGUGUCUCCGUACAUCAACUGGGCCAUCGACACUGCUGUUUGA